AUGACCAGCUCAGAUACUGACACUGAAUGGAAGUUAGAAGAUAAUUCAGCAGGUAAGACUUCAGUCAGGGCAGGGGAUAAAGGUAGCCUGGAUGUCAUAAUUGAAAGGUACAAGGGAGAAAAGCAAUUGCCUGUGUUAGACAAGACCAAAUUUCUUGUUCCUGACCACGUAAACAUGAGUGAACUGAUCAAAAUCAUAAGGAGGCGCCUGCAGCUAAAUUCAAACCAAGCAUUUUUCCUGUUAGUGAAUGGGCACAGCAUGGUUAGUGUUUCUACACCCAUAUCUGAGGUUUAUGAACGUGAGAAGGAUGAUGAUGGUUUUCUCUACAUGGUCUAUGCAUCUCAAGAGACCUUUGGAAUGGACACAGCACUGUAACCAUAAUGCUGGUUUAGAAUAGCUGCCUUUGAAGUCCCUGUAGUGACCUGUAAUAAUGCAUUGCAAACCAAAAAGGUGGCUUACCCAGAUGAACCAGGAAUCGGAAAGAUGAUGCAUAAAAUUAUUUGGAUAUAAAAGUUGAUAGUGUAACUGCAGUCUUUUGCUUGUUAGGUUCUCAAAAUUGAGUACUAUGUUCUUGUAAAUGCUAUCUGCAGCAACUUUAAGCCAAAUCCUAAUCGUGUUCAGAGAUCAUCAGGUAUCUUGUAUCAGCUACAGACUCUUAAGUAAAUUCAAAUAACUUCUGCUAAAAAGCUACAUUGUCUGGGCUGACAUAUUUGCUUUGAGUGAGAUUAUCAGGAAUUGUAUUUAAAACUAAACUCUUUAAGCCCCACUUAAUACCACUUUUAAAGUUUCAUUUAAGAUAUUAAGCGGCUAAUUUUCAUAAUUGCUGCAUGUCUAACUUUGAUCAAUUAUUACUGUUCUUCAGUGUGACAUUUAAAUGGAUGUGCAAACACUGCAAUAAAUAAUAUGCAUCCACAAGUUGAAACAGGAUAGUCAUUGUGAAUGAGCUGCGAAGCAGUUUAGUGAUUCAUUUAAUACUUAUAGCAGGUUCUAAAAUGAGGAAAGCCAAUAAUUUCACUUUGCAAAGUCGUCUGUUUAAAUUUCAUAAUUUGUUCAGAAAAUUGCUCAAUGUAAACUUGUUUCAACAUGUUUUUUCAAUUUGUUGUCAUUAGUCCAGGCCAAUUUAAAAUGCUGUACAUUUUCUUGUGAAUAGUUGUUUGUUUAUUCUUAGAUUAAUUUCUAAUGAGCUGUUUCAGAAAUGUAUCUAAUCUUUAGCUAUCCUAGCUGUUGCUCGGAUUUGCACAUUGAGAAACUUGCAGACUAUGGAAAUAAAUACAUUCAGAAUAUAUCUAGUAUACAUUUCUUGUGAAUCUAAUAGCAAAUUAUUGGAAUAAAAUGUUUUAAAGUAAUUGUUCAAAAAUGCAUCAUAUAAUCUAGUCUACAGACACACAUCCUAAAAUACUCUAUACCAUUUGUGCAAAGCCUUCAUACUCUUGUUAGAAUCUGCUGUUCACCUGAAAUGAAAUUUAGUCCUGAAUUUUAUUUCUAUGUACUUGUUCUCAAACUACUGCUGACUUGAUAUUGCAGACAAAUUGGUUAACUCUGCUAUACCAAUAUCUCCACUGGAUGAGUUUCAAAGCAGCCUGUUUGUAGUCAGAAUACACAGUGUAAUUGUAAACUGUAAAUUCAAAUACCAGUAAUAACUACCUUUUAAGUUUUUGUCUUAUCUGUAUAUUUAAAAGGUUCAUUCUGUUUUGUUUGCUUAAUGUUAAGUACUUUUAACUAUUAACUUUGUACUAUAAAAUGUAUUUAAACAAAACUUAUUCUGAAGUUUUUAGAAGACCAAUGGGGCAGAAAUUCCAAGUUUAUAAUGAGUUAUAAUGCACAUUUUCUUUUGUUCAUGUAUUAGUGGAGACAGUCCCUUCAUUGAUAUUCUGCUUUUGCUGCAUACAUUUAAUACUAGAAAGGUGAAUCAUUAGAAAUAAUGCUUUAUAGCAUCCUCAGAUUACCACACUGUAAAGAGUAUAGGCAUUGAGCCAGUAAACUAGCUUAUAACAUUGAAGGUUAGGGAUAACCUUAUUGCCUGGAACUGUUGUACUUUUUUUAGUUGUAAAUUUAACUGCUGGCGCUGUCAACAUUUGGGCAUCAGAUAUAUUCUGGAAUUGACUUAAUACUGCAUAUGUUUGACUAAUUCUGAAAGAUUUAAUGAAUGUUCAGUUUUUAUAUUAGAACAUUUACAAAUGCAACUAAUCCACAUUCCAAAAUCUGUUGUAAAACAGGCUAGGUAUUAAUGAGCAUUAUUCAUUGCCUCUGAAGCAGUGAUGUUGCUGGGAAAUUGGUACCACUUCUCACCAGUAUUUCACUUAGCAUCUCCACUGUAUGUUUUUCUAUGAUUGUAACAUCAAUAAUUGAAACCAGAAUGCACCAAGUCCAAAAGUGUUCAGCAAUGCCUUUUGUUUUUAAUUGUCAUUUUAAUUUUUUUACUUUUGCAUUAAUUCUGGAAAUAGUGUCAUUCAAGAUCUUCUCUAAUGUAUAUUCUUGAGUACAUAAACAGAUUUAUGUAUUUUGUAAUUUAGACAUUUUUAAAAUUGUAUUGCUUUGGAUCUGCUAUUAAUGAACCUAAACUGACGACUUGUAAAUAUACUGUAUAUGAUACUGUUUUGAGAUGUGUGCUUGUAUGGAAAGAUGCAUUUGCCCUUUUCAAAAUAAAUUAAAGCUAUGGAA